AUCACGAAAACCCGGAAGCAAGGAGGAAGUAUUGACAUGUCAGAGUGCAUCAUGCCAACAGCCACACGCUUACUUGGAAAACAAGUUUUGUGAGGCACGUAGGCCAUUUGGCCCAAAUUACAUGUACCCUACUGGUCGGACCUGUUUCUCUGUGUAGGUUUGUCUACAAAAGCUCGAUUUCGAAGCUUCUGGGCACCAUGGCGAACUUUCCAAAGCUGCUAUCUUUAAUUUUCUGGGUUUAUGCGUUUAACUCUGCCAAGUCUCAAACAGAAAGCCAGGUAGACCCAGCUGCAUGGCCCUUCGACAACCCGAACCAGUUCGGAAUGGCACAAGGAAGCGGAGAGGAAGCAAAGGAGGGUCUGCUCCAGGCUGCUAAGUGGACUUACUCCACGACAAGGGACAGGAAAGUCGCCGUGUUCGACGACAUUUUGUCGUUCAAAACGACCGUGGCGCUGUCCAACUACGUACACACCGUGGGCGCAUGGAGGUUUCAGAAUUUCGACCCCCAUGAGGGAAACUACACUGGCAAGAAGGGGAACAACAUGCAGUGGGAGGCAACGUUUGACCCUGAGGUGUUCAGUUCCUCCAGAACUGGACAGAGUCUGACACAGGUGGUGACUGAGAUGAGUGGAGGAACACAGGGAUACAAACUCUACUCUGUCACAGCUAAUGUUGUCAGAAGACUGGACCUGAUUAAGAUGUACCACAAUGCAGAAGAGUCUGAGAAGGAAUUCUCUGCAAGUAUCUACCUGAAUGAAGUGUGGAGGAAGAAUGACUAUGGAGAACUGUACUUCUAUGAUGACGAUGAAGAGAUUUUUGCUGCAGUAAAACCGAGAUUUGGCAGGACAGUGGUCUGGGACAGCUCUAUUGACUACCUGUCCAGACCUCCUAGUAUCAACUUCAAACAAGGACAAAUCAUACUCAACAUGGCCUUCACCACAAACUCCACCAAGGUGGAAAACUACAAGAAGCAGUAUGACUCCAUGGAGGCUGAGAGACAGGCCGCCCUCAAGGCGCCGUUUGUGACAACAGAAAAGCCAGGCAUACCUAACAUGGAUGUACAGAAACACAUCAUUCAGGAAUUCUAUGACUCCAAAGACAUGAAGGGUGUUGUGUUGGAUAACCUGUUUGAUGAAGAAGACCUCAGUGCCUUGCGGACUUUCACCAUUAAAUAUGGUCAUUACUUCUUUGACGACAGCAUUGACCUUGACAGUGACAAUGUUCAGUGGAUAGCAGGCUUUCCUGUGGAGUCUUAUGUGAAGAGUAAGAUGUGGAACAUCACUAGCCAGGUGGUGGAACACGUGUCAGGAAAGAAGGGUUGGUACCCGUAUGACAUAUCAUGUAACCUGAUACGUAACGCGGAUCACACUCGGAUCCAUGAGGACUGUGGCCCACACGAAGAGGAGUGGACGUUUCUCCUGUACCUCAACCCCAACUGGACCCACGACUACCACGGAGAGACGGCCUUCUUUGAGGGAAAUGAUGAUGAUACAGAGUACAUCGCAGAGGUGCUACCGAAGUUCGGCCGGGCUGUGAUAUUUCGUGGGAUAAUUCCUCACUCUGCCAGACCCCCAAGUGUGUUCUUCACUGGUGCAAGGUAUACGUUUGCCGUGAAGAUGUCUGUGGACCGGGCUACAGCCAUCAGGAAAACCUUCCACGAGGAGGGCCGGCACGACUUGGGCAUGAGACAGAGAACACUCGGCUUUCUGGAGAAGUUCAAGCUUGACGACUUUGAAGAGAAGUACAAGAACAUGAUCAUCAUGAUGUACCGAGAACAGAGGAUGAUAGAGAACGCUCUAGAAAAGAAACAGCUAGGAUCUAUGUCUGGUGAGGAGGAGGGACAUGAGGAAGGUGAGGAGGAUGAGGAACAUGGUGAGGAAGAAGAGAUGAUGGGAGGAGAGAUGAUGGGAGGAGAGAUGAUAGGAGAAGAGAUGAUGGGAGGAGAAGAGAUGGAACUAGAGACAUUUGAACAGGAGGAUAUGGAGGAGUUGGAGCAGGAACAGGAUCGCACGUUCAACAAACUGUUCCAAGAGGCGGGAAACGAUCCACAGAAGCUUCAGGCUCGGCUGAACGAGUUCAUGAAAGACUUCCACAAAUUAAAGGGACAAGCCAAACAGGAGCUGCAGAAGUGGUUUUAACUAGACUUAAUGAAGCAUUUGACCAGGAGUUUAAACAUUCCAUUCUUAAGUAUUGUGAGUCAUUCCAUUUAAAACUUCAGGGGGGGGGGCAUGAAAGGUUUUAGCCCCCUUGACAUUUGAACAAUCAUUUUGUCACGAAUGUACUUCUCUACCCCCUUCCCUUUUUUAUUCCUUCUGGUUGCAAAAAAUGCAUUAUGUAAUGCUCAAAACUAUGCAAAGUACAUGUAUCAAAGACAGAGAAGCAGAUAGGUGAAGGGAAGGACGAUAUAAUUUAACUCAUUGACCAAAAGUUGCCACCACAUGAAAGAGAGCUACUUAGUAUUUUGAAGGUUGUAUAUUCAGGAGAGGGAUGUAUUUCUAAGAUUGCAGGUAGUAAAAUAAUGGGGAUUUAACAUAUAAAGUGGUGGUGUACUGGUGUAAAUACGUUAUAUUUCCAUUUGAUUCUUGAUAUUCCCAUAAUUUAAGACAGGCAAGUAGCUUUAACCAACAGAACAGCACUUUUUAUAUCAAAUUGUACAGACUUGAGAAAACUUUCCAUAAUUCUAACACCAUGCUUUAUGUAAUAUGAUGCUGCUUUUUGCAGUGCUGAAUUUUAAGGAGUUGUUGCUAAAUGGUAGAGUGUUGAAGCUUUGUACUAUACCAUACACACCAACGAAUUUACAAAACCAUUACUUUUUUUGUACAUUGUGCAAUAUGAUUCCAUCUAUAAUGUCAUGGUGAAGUUAAAGAAGUGUUUUAGUUUGACAUUUUUAUAUUGUGGUGGUAGAUUGUGCUUCUACAUUUGUAUUUUGCGCUAAUAUAUUUGCCUUCCAUAGGGGAAGUGUGUGCUGAGCAAUAAAGAGAGUUUAUGUGGUGAAA